AUGGGUGAUCCAAACACAUAUUGUCCAAGACAAUUGGCGCUUAUGGACUUGGCAAUCAAGUCUCCGGAAGUACGAAAACUCGAGGAAAAGAAUAAGGCAUUCUUAGAAAAGGUAUCGAAAAUUUGUGGUAUGAAGAUUGGUUUGAUGAGCUUGGUGAUGCCGGUUGACUCGUGGUAUAUUGAGGUGAGCGAUGAUCUAAGUUGA